UGUCACAUGCAAAACGACAGCAAAUUAGUUCACGAGUGUUUUCUUUAAUGAGCGAGCAAUUUGAGUUUGUUUUACGAUUGAACAUUUUUAGAUUCAUGGAACUUGUGAACGAACUUACGACCCCAAAUACGACAGAGGAGGAAACUACCGAAGGAACCAACGGUACUGAACACCGUGAAGCAACGAUUUCACGAAAUGGCGUUAUUACUAACAGCAAUCACUCAGUACUGUCGGAUUCACAGUGGGAGCUUAGGGAUCAGAUAGACAUGUCUUCAAAGCAACGGAAGCAUGUUUCUUAUGUUCCCCUAACCAACAGUGAGCUAUGUGGACAAAAAUCCCUUCAGAAUUGUCCCUUGGGGCGAGCUUUGUUGACCGACAUUGACAAGCGGCCGUACAAAUGCGAUAUAUGUGACAAAUCAUUUAAUAAGGAGAGUGUUUUGAACAGACACAGAAAGAUUCACAGUAAUGAACGACCGCAUAAAUGCGAGAUAUGUGACAAUGAAUUCGUUCAUAAGCAUAAUCUAAAGCGUCAUAUGGUAACUCACGCUGGCGAGCGGCCGUGCAAAUGCGAGAUAUGUGGCAAAGCAUUCGUUCAGAAGUAUAUGAAUGAACAUAUGGUAAUUCACACUGGCGAGCGACCGCAUAAAUGUGAUAUAUGCGGCAAAGGAUUCCUUCGGAAGUAUCUGCUUAGGCAACAUAUGGUAACUCACACUGGCGACUGGCCGUACAAAUGCGAGAUAUGUGGCAAAGGAUUCGCUGACAAGUCUGAUAUGAAAGAACAUAUGGUAAUUCACACCGGCGAGCGACCGUAUAAAUGUAACAUAUGUGACAAAUCAUUUAAACAUCAGAGUACACUAUCUAUACACACAAAAAGUCACAGAAAUGAACAACCGCAUAAAUGUGAGAUAUGUGGUAAAGGAUUCCUUCAGAAGUAUCUGCUUGAGCAACAUGUGUUAGCUCACACUGGCGAAUGGCCGUACAAAUGCGAGAUAUGUGGCAAAGGAUUCUUUCACAAGUAUCGACUUAUGCAACAUGUGUUGACUCACACUGGCGAACGGCCACACAAAUGCGAAAUAUGUGGCAAAGGAUUCCUUCUGAAGUAUCUGCUUAAGCAACAUGUGUUAACUCAUACUGGCGAGCGGCCGUACAAAUGUGAUAUAUGUGACAAAUCAUUUACUGAGCAGUGUGUUUUGAACAAGCACAGAAAGAUUCACAGUAAUGAGCGACCGCAUAAGUGCGAGAUGUGUGGCAAUGAAUUCGCUCAUAAGCAAAACCUAAAGCGUCAUAUGGUAACUCACACUGACGAGCGGCCGUGGAUAUGCAAGAUAUGUGGCAAAGGAUACGUUGAGAAGUCUGCAAUGAAUCAACAUAUGGUAACUCACACUGGCGAGUGGCCGUACAAAUGCGAGAUAUGUGGCAAAGGAUUCGUUCAUAUGUCGUAUAUGAAAGAACAUAUGGUAUCUCACACUGGCGAGCGACCGUAUAAAUGUGGCAUGUGUGACAAAUUAUUUAAACAUCAGACUAAACUUACUUUACACACAAAGAAUCACAGUAAUGAACAACCGCAUAAAUGUGAAAUAUGUGGUAAAAGAUUCCUUCAGAAGUAUCUACUUGAGCAACAUGUGUUAACUCACACUGGCGAGCGGCCGUACAAAUGCGAGAUAUGUGACAAAGGAUUCGUUCAGAAGUCGUGUAUGAAUGAUCAUAUAGUAACUCACACUGGAGAGCGACCGUAUAAAUGUGAUACAUGUGGCAAAGGAUUCCUUCGGAAGUAUCUGCUGAUGCGACAUAUAGAAACUCACACUGGCGGGUGGCCGUACAAAUGCGAGAUUUGUGGCAAAGGAUUCGUUCAGAAGUCGUGUAUGAAGGAACAUAUGGUAACUCACACUGGCGAGCGACCGUAUAAGUGUGAGAUAUGCGACAAAUCAUUUAAACAUCAAAGUAUACUAACUUUACACACAAAGAAACACAGUAAUGAACAAUCUUUCAUGGAGCUUGUGAACGGACUUACGACCCCAAUUACGACAGAGGAGAAAAACACCGAAGGAACCAACGAUACUGAACACUUUGUGGCAACGAUUUCACCAAAUGGCACUGAUACUAACUACAGUCUCUCAAUGCUGUCGGAUUCACAGUGGCAGCUCAGGGAUCAGAUAGACGUGUCUUCAAAGCAACGGAAGCAAACCAACAGUGAGCUAUGUGGACAAAAAUCCGUUCAGAAUUGUCCCUUGGGGCGAGUUGUGUUGACCGACGAGCGGCCAUACAAAUGUGAUAUAUGUGACAAAUCAUUUACUGAGGAGUGUGUUUUGAACAAGCACAGAAAGAGUCACAGUAAUGAACGACCACAUAAGUGCGAAAUAUGUGGCAAUGAAUUCGUUCAAAAGCAACACCUAAAGCGUCAUGAGGUAAUUCACGCUGACGAGCGGCCGUGCAGAUGCGAGAUAUGCGGCAAAGGAUUUGUGGAGAAGUGUUUUUUGAAACAACAUAUGGUAACUCACACUGGCGAGUGGCCGUACAAAUGCGAGAUAUGUGGCAAAGGAUUUGUUCAGAAGUCGUAUAUGAAAGAACAUAUGGUAAAUCACACUGGCGAGCGACCGUAUAAAUGUGAUAUAUGUGACAAAUCAUUUAAAGGUCAGAGUGCGCUAACUUUGCACACAAAGAAUCACAGUAAUGAACGACCACAUAAAUGUGAGAUAUGUGGUAAAGGAUUCGUUCGCAAGUGGCUGCUUAUGCAACAUGUGUCAACUCACACUGGCGAGCGGCCACACAAAUGCGAGAUAUGUGGCAAAGGAUUCCAAGAGAAUUAUCAGCUUGAGCGACAUGUGUUUACUCACACUGGCGAGCGGCCGUACAAAUGCGCGAUAUGUGGCAAAGGAUUCCUUCACAAGUAUCUGCUUAUGCAACAUGUGAUGACUCACACUGGCGAGCGGCCGCACAAAUGCGAGAUAUGUGGCAAAGCAUUUCAUCGGAAGCAUCUGCUUAAGAAACAUGUGUUAACUCACUUUGGCGAGCGGCAGUACCAAUGUGAUAUAUGUGACAAAUCAUUUACUCAGGAGGAUAUUUUGAAACGACACAGAAAAAUUCAUAGUAACGAACGACCGCAUAAGUGCGAGAUAUGUGGUAAUGAAUUCGUUCUCAAGCAUCAGGUAAAGCAGCAUAUGGUAACUCACACGGGUGAGCGGCCGUACAAAUGCGAGAUGUGUGGCAAAGGAUUCCUUCAUAAGUGUCUGCUUGAGCAACAUAUGUUAACUCACACUGGCGAGCGGCCACACAAAUGCGAGAUAUGUGGCAAGGGAUUCCUUGAGAAUUAUCAGCUUCAGCGACAUGUGUUAACUCACACUGGCGAGCGGCCGCACAAAUGCGAGAUUUGUGGCAAAGGAUUCGUUCAGAAGUCUGCUAUAAAACAACAUAUGGUAACUCACACUGGCGAGCGACCGUAUAAAUGUGACAUAUGUGACAAAUCAUUUAACCGUCAGAGUCACUUAAUUCUGCACACACAUACUCAUAGCAAUAAACGGUCGCAGAAGUGUGAGUUACACGGCAAAGAAUCUGUUUAGAAGCAUAACCUGAAGAAACAUGUGUUAAGCCACACUGGCGGCGGCCGUAAAAAUGUGAUAUAUGUGGUAAAACAUUUAGGCGAAGGAGCUCUUUGAACAGGCACAGAAAUGUUUACAGUAACGUAUAUGUAGCAAACCAUAUACGCGCAAAAAAAAAUAAAUUUUUAAGUAAUAAAAUAAUGGAUUGAAUUUAAUAAUAAAAAUAUUGGC